CACCAUGGUUUCUUUCAAGUCCAGGCAAGUGCACUGCCACUGAGCUACACUUCAGCCCACCAUUCCUUCAUUUAACAGGAGGAAUCUGAUGAGGGGGCGGGUCAUGGACUGGGUCACCUGUCCAUUCAUGCUGCCCGUGAUGUUUAGCUGCAUGGGCAUCUUCGGCCUCCUCAAGCUUCUGCAGUGGAUUCGCAUGAAGGCCUACGUGCGGAACUCUGUGGUGGUGAUUACAGGCGCUACCUCCGGGCUGGGGAAAGAAUGUGCAAAAGUCUUCUAUGCUGCGGGGGCGAAGCUGGUGCUCUGUGGCCGGAACAUAAGGGCCCUGGAUGACCUCACCAAAGAGCUUGCUUCUUCUGCCUCUCAGGGGCAGACAUACAAGCCUUCCACAGUGGCCUUUGACCUCACAGACCCUCCAUCCAUCGCAGCUGCUGCAUCUAAGAUCCUGCAGAGCUUUGGCUAUGUGGACAUCCUUAUCAACAAUGCUGGGAUCAGCUACCGUGGGACCAUCGUUGAUACCAAAAUGGAUGUAGACAGGAAGGUCAUGGAGACAAACUAUUUUGGCCCUAUUGCUCUAACAAAAGCACUCCUGCCCUCCAUGAUCAAGAGGAAGAAAGGCCACAUCGUUGCCAUCAGCAGCAUCCAGGGCAAAUAUAGCAUUCCUUUCAGAUCAGCCUAUGCAGCCUCCAAGCAUGCCACCCAGGCAUUCUUUGACUGUCUACGUGCAGAGACGGAGCAUGACAAGAUCGAGGUGACUGUCAUCAGCCCCGGUUACAUCCACACCAACCUCUCCUUAAAUGCUAUCACUGCUGAUGGCUCCAAAUAUGGAGUUAUGGACAAAACCACAACCCAGGGCCAAUGCCCUACAAUGGUGGCCCGGAAUGUUCUUGUUGCUGUGGGCAAGAAGAGGAAAGAUGUGAUACUGGCUGACUUACUGCCAUCCUGGGCCAUUUAUCUUCGAACUCUGGUUCCUGAGCUCUUUUUCAGAAUCAUGGCCUCCAGAGCCAAAAAAGAGCAGAAAACUAAGACUUCCUGAUGCUGGUCAGAGCCGACAGCUCCAGCCAGCCUGGCCAGGCCAAGCAGCACACCUCUGUGGGUGUGCUUGCUCCACAAGAAUAGCAUAUUAGUGGAGGUCUGUCUCCCAGGUGGGAAGAGACACGUCUGCAGGACUCAGGCCUGCUGCAGAGAACUAGAAGCAAGAACCAGCAAGCUUCUUCCCGGGGUGAGUGGCAAACAAAGAAUAAACAUGGAGCUGUGCUUUAACACUAAAAUACGAAAUAAAUGACUAGAAUGUAA